CAGAGCCUUCGGACGAGACUGUGAAGUCCACAGCAGUCGUGCCGCGAGGCCUGCGAGAGAGACUUCUAGCGCUCCGCCGUUUCGCACCCUAGCACCAUUUAAAUAGCCCGAGAGUUGUCACUUUAGCGCGGACAUUGUCCACCCCAUAGCCCAGACAUCGCUGGCCACGCAACAGCCUUUUGGCGACUUUAUGUGCGGAGGUCGGUCGCGAUGGCCCGCCGGUAAACGGCACUGUUCAGUGUUUUAAGUGCAACUGUGAAUUCUACCAUGGAUAUACUUCCAAGCGUCGGCAUCUUCAGAGAGCUGCAGGACAUCCACGACACCGGCUACUUCUCAGCUCAGCCGUCACUCGACGACCACUGGCAACAGACGUGCUACGAGAUGGAGCGCUACCUGAAGGACGAGCCGAAGAUGCAGUCGUUUAAAAAGUUGCCAUCGGACAUGGAAAGGACGUUAUACGGAGUGAAUUGUAUAGAGGACUAUAGUGACCGUCACUUGGACGCGUUCAGUUCGGCGAGUUCGCCGUGCUCCUGGGACGAGGGGGCGCUGUCGUGCGCCGUGCUCGUGAAGCAGGAGCCCCUCGACGACGAGGAGGACGAGGACGACGCCUUCGAAGGGCGAGUGCACGCUGACGCCGGCGAUGCGCUGCAGCUGCGGCUGGUGGCGAGGAAUCCGGCGACGUUGACGCCGCCAUCGAGUCCCGAAUCCGGCCCGGGCCACAGUAACGGAAGUUCGAGUGCGAGCGAAUUGGACGUUUGCGGACUACGGGUGGGCAGUGUGUCGCGGAAUGCCAUUGUGCGGGUUAGAGGACUGGCAAGGUACAUAUCGGUCGUCCCCAGAACCACACAGAGUCCCGUUUCUUCACCCGCUUCCACGACGACGGUCAAGCAUCGACUCGACCAUUCGCCUGACUCCAAACGAAGGAUACACAAGUGCCAAUUUCUCGGCUGCAAGAAGGUCUACACCAAGAGCUCACAUCUCAAGGCGCACCAAAGAACACACACAGGCGAGAAGCCGUACAAGUGCUCGUGGGAAGGCUGUGAGUGGCGGUUCGCCCGUUCGGACGAACUCACCCGCCACUACCGCAAACACACGGGCGCCAAACCGUUCAAGUGCCGCCACUGCGACCGAUGCUUUAGCCGUUCGGACCACUUGGCCCUGCACAUGAAGCGCCACGCUUAGACGGCCUACCUCUCCGCCGCAUCACUGCCAGUUACCGCUAGUGUACAUACAAUACUUUAGAUAGGUGUGGAUGGACUCUUGGAGCAGCACACACGUAGCGAGGGUUUGCUUCCUCAGUGAUGUUCAUUCCUGUGAUCGACAUCGUCGGCUAGGGCCGAACACACCUACAGAACGCGCGCGGCCCGCGGGCCGCACUGUAGCUGUACGGCGCGGCGGCGGCGCCCCCCACGUCCGAGGGACGCUAAAUUCUCCAGAUCAAAAUUUUUUAUCGGUUCGGUGGCUGUUGGCGGGGGCGGCGCCGCCGCGAGGAUAGUCAUGUUAGAUUUAGGUGAUGGAGUCUUUGGACGGCAUUUUUCGGGAAUGUUGUGUGAGGGCUCUGGACUUUGUUAGUCUGUACGAAUGUGUCAAAGUAUUAACUGAAGACUGUGCAGGCGCACACCGCCGGAUAUUAGGCUAAAUGUCACUAUUUGUAAUAAAAAAAGAAUCAAAAAUGUAACGUAUAGUAGCGCGAACAAGUUUUUGAAAAAACUGAUAAUGAAAAGUAUUAUAAUAGGUAAUUAUAUUUUUUGAGAAAGUGACCUUGGAUGAAAAUCUACUUUUUUCAAAAAUGCAACGAUAAGCCGUGUACAGUUGUGUACAAUGUGCAUUUGAGCGGCGUCGCGACGUCUGUUGGACGCCGCACCCUCCGACGCAUUCCUUCUCGAUGCAUUCUAUAUUUCUACUUCCCUGACUAGGCAUAGCGUGACUGUUGUGUGAUCAGAGACCGUGUAUAUAGAUUUUUAGUGUUAUAGCAUUUUGUACAGCUGCAUGCUUUGUUAAUUAGUUCGGUACAUUUUACUAAUAUGUGUGCGAGCAAAACGCUGUCCAACGCCGAAAUACUCUUCAGACGAUUUUUUGCCAAAUGCAAAGCUAAAACACGGGAAAAAAUCGCACUUGAAAGAUUAAAAGACUCUGACUAGUUCAGCUCAACAACGCAAAUGAACCAAUUAAAUUGCUUCAAUUUUGGUCACGUGAUCAGUUAAUCACGCAUUUAAUUGCGGAUUAAAUUAAUGACGCUUCUAUAAACCGCACCUAAAUAUAUAUGACCUGCACUUGCCUUAAUGAUUUUCAUUAAGAUACAGGCAUUUGAAAAAAAUAUAUUUUUAUUGCAAUAGUCGGAUUGUAGAAAAAAUAGUCUAUGCAACUCACAUUUUAAUUUUUUACAUUAUAAUGAUUCAAUCCGUGAUAGUCCACAAUAACUUUAUUAGCGCAUGCAAACUAUUGGAGUGAUUUUUUUUUAAACGAGUCACUUUUGAUAUUUUAGAAAACAAAAGGAAAAAUUAUAAAUCCCGAGGCGGAUAAUUCUCAUUGAUAAGGAAAUUUUUUGAAAUACAAACAAUCCCCUAAAACUAUUAAAUGCCACGGCACCACUUGUGGUACCACAAAUAAUAGUUAUUUAUUGUAUAAGUGUUUUAGAAAGCAUUUUAUUCACGCAAGAAUGAGUAAACAUUUGUUUAACAUUCUUAAGAUAGAAUGCGACUAAAACACGAAUGCAAUACAACGUUUUAUUCACAAUCACCACAUUAGCAAAAAGGAAUUUUUUUAUUAUUUCGCUAGUGGAAUAACAGUUAUUUAUUUAACGAGUUUGAGUGUAAAUCGGAUGUUUUAUUUCACGAAUGUAUUAUCAAACCAUGAAAAAAUCAUCCACGAGGUGAAAUAAAUGAUCCGAUUUAUAUGUAAACGAGUUGAAUACAAUAUUUUAUUCUUCGAAUUAGACUUAACAAGGCUUAAAAUUGCUUUAAAUCUGUUAAAAAUAAUCUGACGUUUCGUGUGAAAAAUGCCAAACAGUUGUCAAAACUGCCUUACACAGGAAAUUUUGACUGUGUCGAAAAAUAAAGUUACUUUAUACCUUAUAAUAAUAGUGGAAUAAAGUUACUUACUUCACUAGUGGAUAAUAGGUGUCUUUAUAUGCUCUAUAAGUGUGAAUAAAACUCCAAUUAUAAUGUGAUUGUGGAUAAAAGGUAUUUUUACUAUUUUUACUGCGUCUGUUUUUUCUAUUUACAUUAUUUUUCAAAAAGUUAAUUUGAAGAGUAAAUCGCACCCCAGAUUUUUGUACAUUAGAUGUACUCAAGAUUCCUUUGAAUUUCUUAUAAUUUCGAAAAGACUUUUACUAAUAUUAGUGUUGUACAAAAGGACCAAAGCAAAUUUUAAUUUUAUUUUUAAAUUAACAUUAGAUUGAUGUUGUCUUAUAAAACACAUUUUGAGUAAAAGUUUUACAAAAAGAUCCUCAGAAAAUAUUCAAAAUGAUCACUAUUACUCUCCAUGCAGUAUCCAAAGUAUUUUGCAAGCUCUUAGUGUGAUACAUUUUGCUUUUAGGAUUUUUUCUACCUUUUUUGAUAAUUGGUUUUAAUUUGUUUUAAUCAACAGAAGACAUGGGUGAUUUACCAGUGUUUUUGUUUUAAAAGAUAACAGAUUUCAAGUGACCUCAUAGGAAAAAAAAUAAAUUUUCAACUUCACCUUUCCUGAAAUACGUUUGAUAACAAUUGACACAUUCUGGAAUACUUUCUGAAAUUAAUCUGAUACAUUCUGAACUACAAUUGGAAAAGGUGUGAGUUCUAUGACUUAUUUGUAGUUCAUGGUGCUUAUCUCGAUUUAGUUCAUUAAAAACUAUGUAAGUUGUUCAAACACAAUUCGAUUCAACGUAAAUAAAACUACUUGCAACACUUACAACAUUUUUAAGCAAACGAAAUGCUUUCAGUAUAUUAAUUUAAAUUGCAAUCUUGAAAAAAUGUGUAUUGAUAAAUUCUACCCCAAAAAUAUCAUCCAAAAAGAAAAUUGACGUUUGAAAUCUUUACAAAUAAAAAGGAGUGGCAAGCAUCUAUUCCAGAAUGAUAUGUUAGAUUUCAAAGUAGAAAAAAUAAAUCCAAGUCUAUACCAUACGAAUUUAUUGUCAAAAUUGUUACCAGUAAACAUGUUUCGAACGAAAUGGUUCAUCUUCAGCGUAAUAAAAUAAAACAUGAAGGAUAGAACAAUCUUAUCCUAUCAUGAGUGACUUAUAAAGUUAUAAGGCAACAGCGGUCAUAGAUUUUUUCAGUUUGUUAUUAAUUUUCAAAACUUAUUGCACUGUUAGAGAACUUGUGCUAGAACUGGGGUCCGCGUAUUUUUUAUAAAACAUAAUCGAACCUAAAAAAAUACACUUCUGAAUUUUUCUAUCCGAGAAUCCAAGGUGUUUCGUUAAAAAAAAUCUCCCUGUACAUUAUUUGGUUCUGGAUAUGAGAAAAAAUUUGCGAUUUUUUCUAAAAGGGGCUUUAAUUUCGCACUGGGGCUUUUCGUCUGAAGGAGAAGAGUAGGAAUGGUUAGACGGUGAAAUCUGUUGAAGCGGGCUUGUGCGAAUGUAGGGUACGUUCGUUGUUCUUCCGGGCACCUUAGCGUAGUCGUCAGAGUAAUAUAUUAAUUGGUUAGUUUCUAACACGAAUUUUUUACCUGCUGGACGCGAAUGUUGAUGUUUCGAUUCCUGUUCUUCGAUCGCUGAUUUAAUUUCGUCGACUGGAACCGCUGAUUGGAAUUGAUUUUUUACGCAUUUUGUAAUAGAAGAAAGCGGCGGUUUGAGUCGACGGUUUGCCUACUAUUUCUUAUAGAGAGGUGACAUUUAUUCGCUCCCCAGCCUAAAUGUGACAUUCUUUCAUGUUCAUGUCGUCUCUCAGAGACGUUGUAAAUCACUAGAAGAGGAAAGAAGUGGGAAGGGCGAGCGUGGCGGCAAAAUGCUAAUUUGUUAAUUAGGUACUAAUUGCUGGUGUCUCCGGUCGACGUGAAAUGAUCCAAAAAGCUGGCAAGUUGAAGCCAAUUAGUGUCCUAAUUAGGUAAUUAAAUAAAUCAUCGUUUGUUGUGUUUGGAAUAUCUGAGGGUUAGCUCUCGUAUCGGUCGGGUUGUUAAAUAAUAUUUGCCGUUUGAUAUGGGUUGGGUUUGGUUUGGUUUCUGUUUGGGUUCGCUCGACUCGGCUGAACUGAGCCCGGAGACACCGCCUAUUACGACGUUAACUGUUUAACAUUUUCUUUAACAUAAUUCUAGUGAUUUAGGAUGCGCUCUGUGUUGUCUUUUAGUUCGUACGCUCGCCGGCUUUGCUGUUGCGGGCCGGAAAACCUAGUUUUAAGAUGAUUAGGAAAUACUAUGUGAAUAUAAACGAAAUAUUUUGCCAAUGGAAGUUGAUCUUCUCUUAGGAUUUGGAAAUAAUGUUUCUAUACCAGUAAUUGAAAUGUAUUUGUAAAUGUAUUUUAACUAUAAUUGAAUUUUAGAUGACCCAAUUUGUAAAUAACUACAUGGUAUGCGAAUAAAUUUUCUGAUCUAUUUAAAUUUAAAUUUUGUAAUAUUUCCAUUUUGUAUUUCUUGAUGAUGAUGGUGAUAAAUUUUUGUAGUCUGUAAAUAUUUAUUUGAGAAAAUAUUAAAUCUAUAUGUAAUUAUUAUUCUAUAUGUAAUAUCGGAGCUCGUGCCAUUUUCGUCGUUCUACCAAACCAAGUGCGAGAAUGACACGAACAGAUGCACAAAUUAUAUUUAAUAUAUUUCUGUUUUUUGUGAGAGUUAAUUCUACAUAUUCGUCAACCAAACAAACAGUCGGCGAGAUUUCGUACGCUAGCUUGUAAUUCCGCUCAGUGCAAAUAAACGUACGUUCCUGUUAAAAUUAAGAA